AUGUCUGCUACAAACUCAGCUAGACACGCUCAAGUGCUCCUUCGUCGUGUCAGAAAGUCUGCUUUGACAUCUCCAUCAAUCUUUAGUAGGCCUCAAGUGGGAACAUGCUGCAGCACCCAAAAAGCUCCCGUUUCAACCUUUUCCACUUCUGCUAUAAGUCGCCACAUAGAGCAAACACUGCUGGGUAAUGCCAGUAAGCCCAGUGCUGUUCUUCACCCAACUCUUAAGCCAGCGCCUCUCAAUGUUGUGGCGGCCAAGGGUACCAAUGUCGUGUUCUCCAAUGGCAAAAUGAUGGAGGAUACCACUUGUGGUGCGGCAGUAGCCUGUAUUGGCUACGAUAAUGAGAGGGUCAGAAAUGCAAUGAUUAAGCAGAUUGAUAAGUUUUCUUACUCAAAUUCCAUGUUUUAUGGUCAUGAGAUUGGCGAAGAGCUGGCUGAGGAGCUCAUUAGGGGGACCAACGGGAAGAUGUCCAAGGUGUAUCUGAUGUGCUCUGGAGCUGAAGCCAUGGAGGCAGCCAUGAAGAUGGCACGACAGUACUAUAUGGAGCUGAACCCAAAGCAGUCCCAGCGUACAAACUUCAUUGGGCGGGAAGGGUCUUACCACGGUUCAACCAUUGGGGCACUUUCAAUGGGUGGUCACGUCGCACGGAGGAAGCUCUUCGACGGCACGCUGCUGGAUAACGUUCACCGUGUCUCGGCCGCGAACGAGUAUCGUGGAAAGGCUGAUGGCCAGACGACGGAGGAUUACGUCCAGCAAUUGGCAGAUGAGCUGGAUCGAAAGUUCCAAGAGCUUGGACCUGACACAGUUGCUGCAUUUGUUUGUGAAUCUCUUGUUGGAGCGACUCUUGGUACCAUCCCUGCGCCUGCUGGCUAUUUCAAAGCUAUGAAGAAAGUCUGCGACAAGUACGGGGCACUCCUUAUAAUGGACGAGGUGAUGGCCGGGAUGGGUCGUUGUGGAACACUUCAUGAGUGGGAGCAAGAGGGCGUCGUCCCAGAUAUUCAGACCAUUGCCAAAGGUCUAGCAGGUGGGUUCGCACCAAUGGCUGGUAUGUUUAUCAACCAUCGUGUGGCAGAUGCUUUGGUGGCUGGAAGUGGUGUUUUCUCACACGCACAUACUUACCAAGGACACCCCGUGGGAUGCGCCGCGGCACUGGAAGUUCAGCGAAUCGUCAGAGAAGACAAUCUCGUUGAAAAUGUUCGCAAGAAUGGCGAGUAUCUAGGCCAGCUUCUACAUGAGCAGCUGGAUGACCACCCCCACGUCGGUGAUAUCAGAGGCAGAGGCUUCUUCUGGUCGCUGGAAUUUGUGGCCUACAAGGAUACCAAGGAGCCAUUCCCACCAUCAGCAGGAAUCUCCAAGAAAGUCCACCUGGCAGCGCUUAACGAUGUAGGCAUCAGUCUCUAUCCAGGAAUGGGUACCAAGGACGGUGUAACUGGAGAUCAUGUGUGGAUAGCACCUGCUUACACGAGCACAAAGCAUGACAUUGAGAGGAUAGUUUCCAAGGUCAAGGAGAGUGUGAGACUAGCCCUAGGAUAG